CGCAUGGUCACAACACAAGAUGGCGACUCACUGACCGCGGCAAAACGUUUAAUAGCGGCGUCCAUCACGAGGCCAUGAGAGGCGGCUCACUGCACCGCCACCGAGAUGAGCUUGGAUCGUCCAUGCGCACACUGCAGAGAAGGACGUGUGCGCCCCUUUCAAUUUUCUCUGGAAGAAGCAGUGUUGCGGUGUGACAAUGUGGAAUGUGACUCCCUAUUAUUGUCAUCACCAUGGGAUUGUGUAAUUACUCGGAAUAUAAGGGUGCAGAACGCACAUCGAUCAUCAUAUUUGGGACGUCGGCAGUUUUGGGGGGGGAGUACUAGUACAGGUAGUUCUACCAGUGGUGUGCUAUCAGAUAUUAAAAGCCCAAUACUAAGUCCUGCCCAGUCACUGGUAUCUGUCACAGAUAAAGAAGUGGAACUGCUCCUACAAAAGUCUUAUGCACCUCCAAAACCCAGUAGGAAAAAUAAGAAAUCUUCAAGGAAAUAUCCUCCUGCUGCCGAUCAAACUGAAGUUCCUUCACAAUCUCAGCCUCCAGAGGUGAAGACUGAUUCAAGCUGUGACGGUUUCUUUGAGUUGCUUAAUAGUCUUGAUUUGGACUUGCCAACACACCCUGCCAAAAAGGAAUCAGCAACUGGCACAUCAUGUGAUGAUACUGGACUAGAAGUUGUAAAUGCAGAACUUGAAUCCUGGAUGAAAGGAUUUGAUGUAAAGGAUAACACACUCACAGACAGUGUAGAAGACCUUUCCAGUACAGAACCUAACUUGUGUAGUGUUUUGCAACAAACUGUGAUUGAUUCAAAUAAUAGAGAACAAGAAAGACAUAUUCCCAGUCAAAGAUCAGCUUUUUCUCAAAUAAUUACAAGUACAGGGAAAAAUGGACUUUGCAAUUAUAAUUAUAAUGAGGAAUUUGCCAGUAAUUUAACAGGUAAUUCUUCAUCAGUAAUUGAAGAAAUUUUAGAUAAUCCACAAAGUUUAGUGGAGAAAGGUCAGAAAAUUGAUAAUAAUAAAGCUAAGUCAUUAGUUUGUGCACCAAAUGAUUGUGCUAAAGAGGAAGUGUCUGCGUUGUGUGAUUCUCAGUUUCUGUCUCCUGCUGCCUCUGCUGCUAGUGAUGACAGUGGUUACAAUGAAGAGGACGCUAACAAAGGUUCAACUAUUACUGUGCCUCAGCUGCAAGAGGAAAGUGCCAAGUUUUCUUCUUGUUCAGGAUCUUCUCUUGGGUCAUUGGGAGAUAUAGAAACAAGCGAAAAUUUUAAAUAUAAUUUAGUUGCAGAAACUUCAUCAUAUGAUAAUUUCAAGAGCCUAAUGGCAUCAGACUUGAAAUUAUCAGCACCUCAAGAUCCCCUUCAAUUUAACAUUCACCCAGCCAUGGUAACAGUUGAAAAAAGUGUAGCUGUUAAUGAACAACAAAGCAUAGGAUCAGAGGCUUUGGACUCUCAAGAAGAAGCUGUAUCAAUACCAGUUAAUGAGCCCACCAACAAUGAAGAACUAGCUUUAACUAUACCAGAAGGGGAGAGAGAAGCUACUAAUGAUCCAGGGGAAAAAGAAGCUACUAAUGAUCCAGGGGAAAAAGAAGCUAAUAAUGAUCCAGGGGAAAAAGAAGCUACUAUUGAACCAGGGGGAAAACAAGCUACUAAUGAUCCAGGGGAAAAAGAAGCUACUAUUGAACCAGGGGAGAGAGAAGCUACUAAUAAUCCAGGGGAGAGAGAAGCUACUAAUGAUCCGGGGGAAAAAGAAGCUACUAUUGAACCAGGGGAGAGAGAAGCUACUAUUGAACCAGGGGAGAGAGAAGCUACUAAUAAUCCAGGGGAGAGAGAAGCUACUAAUGAUCCAGGGGAAAAAGAAGCUACUAGUGAUCCAGGGGAAAAAGAAGCUACUAUUGAACCAGGGGAGAGAGAAGCUACUAAUAAUCCAGGGGAGAGAGAAGCUACUAAUGAUCCAGGGGAGAGAGAAGCUACUAAUGAUCCAGACCUUGAAAAGCAAAUUGCAGAACAUAAUCAAGAUCUUUCAAGGUUGUGCAAUGUAGAUGAAGAGGCUCAAAGUAUUUAUUCAGUGUCAAGAGAUGGCGGAACAUUGAUGAUUGAAAGUGGUGCAGAUUCAGUUACAGAUCUGUCCCAAACAUCUGCAAUUCAUGAGCACAGUGAAGCUAUUGUUAGUGAGGCUUCUAGUCAUUAUGGGCCAACAUUACCCUCAGAUAUAACUGAAAACAUAGAAAAUAAAGCAUCAUGUUCAGAUCAGUCUUCUGAUACUUUAUCUCUCUGUUCAGUAGCAAGUUUUAGUGAUGAAAAUGGAAGUAUUAAAUCCAAAGGGAGAGGAAGACGUGGCAGAAAAGGUAAAGCACAUCAAGGAGGUGUUGGAAAUGUUAGCUCGUCUGACUCGAAUCAAGAGACCAGUAGAGAUAAUAUGCCAAGGGUAAGGGGUAGUGGUCAAGGCCAUGGUAGGGGGUCAGGUAGAGGAAGGGGGAGAGGAAGUGUGAAUAACUUAACUGGUUCACAAGAAUCACAGCCCAACAAGAGACCAAGGGUUCCUAUUGAAAUGUCAACCCGCCAAACAAGGCAGCGCACUGGCACCAUUGAAGUCCAGGCACCCACAUCCUCCAAAAGUCGACAAUGCAGCGAGACCACAUCAGAAGACAGUUGUGAUGGUAAGACAGGACGGGGUCUUUCAUCACUCCUACAGGUACCAAGUUGGCAGUUCCUUGAACGGACAAACAGCCAGCAUAACGGAAACCUGACCAACCUGAGCUUUCGCAGCCUGCUGAGUGAUUCAUUUGCCCAGGAUCCCUGGUCGAUUACGGAGAUGUAUCUUGAAGAGUUGGACAUUGAAGUUGUAGUGCAAGGUGUUCGUUCUUCUUGUGAUGUUCCCAGCGAGAGAACUACUACAUCAGAUGCCAAAGGAAGUGCAGAUGAUGUAAGCAACAAUGCAUUGUGUCAAGCAAAUGAUGUGGUAUUGAAAGAUGAUGAUGAAAUUGAAAACCAGGAUAAAAAGAAGGUGGAUGAUCAUACUUCACACAUUCCAGAAUUAACAACUAACUUUUUAUCUCAAGAUGAUGUGUCGUCUGGGAAAGAAAAAGAUGUCUGCGAGACCUGUUAUGAAAGUUCCUCAACAGAAUUGGAAAACAAGCCCAUUACUUCUGUUAAUAAGUUAGACGCUGUUAGCACAGUAACAACAACGGCUGAAAAUACUGCAAAAGUGUCAGAAGAGUCAGAACUUUGCUCAACCAAUAAUGUUGACAGGAGGAACGUUAAUCAGUAUUUGUCAGAUAGCCAGUCUUCCAUCUCUCAUGUGGUAACCAUUGAUGCACAAGAUUCUGAUACUGGUAUAGUGAAGGAUGAGGCAGGAACUUCUAGUCACCAGCCAGUAUUAGAUCAUUAUCCAAAAGAAAGUAGGCAAAGCCCCCAGGACGUUAAAAUUACACAGAGUGAGGAGACGAUUGAUCUUGUAGAAGAAUUUAAAAACCUUCAAGCCAUGAAAACUUUUCGAUCACAGACUGUAGAUGAGCCACAAAAGAUACAGCAUCUCCAGAAAAAUGAGAAAGAUAUACAACCUUCCCAGAAAAUCACUGUGCCUCGUGCUUCUCUCUUAGAAGCACCGAGUGAUUGUAGUGAAUCAGAAGUAAAAGACAAAUGUAAUAAAAAGAAAAUAGAUAGCCAGCCUUCACAGGUUGUUUGUACACCAUUUCAGGUCUUCAGUGAAACCCAUGAAGUAAAAAGUCAACAACAAGAAACAGGAGACUCAAGUGAACAAUCAAAAACUACACUUGAGCAUCAUGUAAAUAGUGCAGGUGUGAAUGACCAGCACUUAAGUGAAACUGAAAAUUAUUCAUAUUCUAUGGAAACUGAACAUAUUAUGUCCAUGACAACUGAUAUUGGUUUUAACAAGGAAAAAGAUAAGAGGAUGGAGAAGGACACACUUGAUUGUGCUGCUAGUAUUAUGAGUGAGGAAAACACAGAGACAGUCGAUGAUAAAUCAAAUCCUCAUCAUUCAAAGUGUAUACAGGAUGGAAUAAAGGUAAGUGAAGAAUGCAGUCUGUCUAGUGAAGAAAUUAGGGUAAAAAAUAAAUCAGACUGUUCAGUGAAUGUCACAGAGUAUGAAACUGUGGAAAGAAAACAAAAUGAGAAUAAUUUACAGCCCUUACCUUCAACUUGUGAAUACACAGAGAGUAACAGUGUUGACCCUGGUCCUCAGAGCUUUUUAAAACAAUGUGAUGGAUCAGAGGCUUGUACUACUGGAGAUGAGCAGUUGGUAAAGGAAGUAGUAGAUACAAAUUUUUCAUAUACGAUGUCUGGUAUGUCACCUCAGGAGUCAAGUGGUAACUCUGGCAUUAACUUGAAGAAAGAAUAUAACUCACCUUCAUCUGAGAGUUCACCUCACAACAGUCCACACUAUAUACUGUUGUCUCCAGAUUAUGAGAACAUCCGCAGCUGGAUGGGACAUAGAGAAGACUCUCCUGAAGAACGAACUGAGAAUAUACCACCAGAGAAAGACAAAGAUACACAAUCAACUGUGUUAUCAACAGAACCCAUUAGGUCAGUAGCAAGUGAAAAUGGAUCCUCAAGUAAGUACUUUGGAUCACUGUUGCAAGAUGUUGAUUUUGAUGACAUAUUCUUCCAGUGUCCUGUUCGAGAGCACCCGAGUCAAACUUUUGGUGAACACAUCACUAGUUCUCUCUUUUUUGGAGAAACUGCAAGAAGUUCACCCCAAACAAGCCAUACUGAACAUCCAGUUUACAGUAAAUCUGAUGGAAAUCAAGGUUUGGAAGCAAAAUACUUGGCUUCUGGUCAUCUAGAGAAAUUCAAAACAUUUCCAGAGGGUAAUAUUCAUGAGUCUAAGGCUGCAGCUGUUGUUGGUUCAGUAUUGACAACUACUCAAAUUUAUUCUCACCCAAUAUCUGCUAAUGUACCCAUACCUCCCCACCCUGUACACUCCCCUAAUACUUUGUCAUUGGCAUCUUCAAAUCCUUCAAAUUUUCAUGUCUCAGAAGUGACACGAGCACACACAGUGAAGCCCAUAACCAGCAUUCCUCUUACUAGAAAAGCUACAGUUUUAGACACAAAGAUGUCCUCUACACCAUGUACAGGUACUCUUACCACUGUACCAACUGCCUUGUAUAAUACUUUACACACAACUUCAGUACUGUCAACUGCAGUUCCAUCACUACCUUCAGUUGCAUUAAGUACAGUACCACUUUGCUCAAGUUCUUCAGUAAGUGAAGUGAGUGGAUUGAAAAGAAAGUCAAGGAGAAAGAAGAAACACAGAAGAGAAAGACAAGAUCAUGUGAAAUCAACAAGAAAAGAAAUAGACAAGAUCAAACAUUCCGUGACAGCUACCGAUGAUGCCACAGUCAGUAGACGGUGCAGAGAGAAACAUGGUUCUUAUAAUACAAGGGGAAAGACUAAAAAGAUUUCUGGGGUAACUUCUGUAUCAAGUGUUAGAGAACAUAGCUGUAACCUACAUCAUAGUGGCUCUGGUCUUGAUCAAGGAAAGCCAAAUAAUGACCUGCCGCUACCAAGUGCCUCAGGUUUAGUUCAGUCUAUAGGUCAAACAGAAUAUAUUUCUGUAAAAAUGGAGCCGAAUCUGCCCAUUGAAAAAAACACAGGAGAGCUACCAAAAAUUUUUUCUUGUAGAAAUGUGUGUGUGAAACAGGAGCCAGAAUUAGCUGGUUCAGUGGGUGUUCACAUUGAUAAAAGUUGUGAUCAGAAGCCUACUAGUUCACAACCGCAGGCACUUGAGACCACGUCCAUCUGCUCUGGAGAAGUUAGUUUAAGCAUCAGCACUGAGAAACCUAAUAUUCCAUAUGAUAGUGACGAUGACAACAGUAUUCCCAUAAUAUCACUUAAUUCUGAUGAUGAAAUUCAAAUCAUAAUUCCAGAAAAAAACAAGAAACAGUUAAAUAAGACAACAGACUGUGUUGGUAAACAUGCACCAAGAUCAUUUUCGACUUUGUCUUUUCAUGAAGAAAAGAAGAAUGACAGUCAUCAGAUGGGGAUGACUCCAGAGUUCCUCCAUAAAAUGGAAAAAACAGAUGUAAAAAUAGAAAUUGUUAGUGGUGAGCCAUUCUCAGGUGAACCAGAUCAACAAAAACUUAAAAGAAAGUUGGAAGAAGACAUUGCUGAAGAAAGGCCCAUUAAAAAACCAAGAAAGAUAUUAAAUACUGCAUCUCAGGAAGUAGACAAUUCUGCUAGAUUAAUUAAAAGAAAAACUUGUUCAUCAGCUGACCACAGUCAUGAAAAGAGGCAACCUAUUUGUGGAAUCCUUGAUAACUCCAUUGUACAUGAUGAUCUUUGCUACAGUUCAAGCGUCGUUGAAUUUGUUGAUUUUGAUCAAAAUGCAAGGCCAAGUAGUAAUCCUCCAGACAAUUUAAAGAUUUAUCAUGGUCCUUAUGAAUCAAACUAUAAAUUGUGCAAAGACAGAAGUGUUGGUUUUAAACCUAGCAUGAGCUGUAAUGAAGAAGAUAGUCACACACUAAAACAAUAUAGCAUGUUACAGAAGGACAGCACUAAGCAUUUGUCAUUUACACCACAACUUAAUAAAGAUGGCAAAUUUGGUUGUACAAAAUCAAGCCCUCAACAUGAGCUUGAUUCAGCUUCGAAUUUAGAUAAAUCUGAUUUAGGGCUGUUGGAUUUAGAUUCUGAUAACAUGGGGUUUAUGUCUACAAUGACUUCAGCAUCAGAAAGUAAUAUGUCAUCCCCUGAGCCAUCAGAGCAGGAGCUUGAGUCGGGAAGCUGUAAAUGUUUUGGUCGAGUGAAACCCUAUGAGGGUGCUGGAAGUGGGCAGGAAACUUCUGGUGUAGAGAGUAGGCUGACUGAUGCAACAGAAUUUGAUGUAUCUUAUAGUGAGUGUGAAGAAAAUUUGCAACCAACCUCAGAUUUUGAAACUGAAACGAGCGAUUAUGAUAGUUCAGAAGAGGAAAGUGACUGUGAAGAUUCUCACCCGUUUCCUGAUAGUUUAAAGCCAAAGUUUGCACCCAAUAAUACCCACAUCGUUAAUUCAAAGAAAAAGAUUGUGAAAAUUGUAACUGUGGUUGAUCCUAAGUACAUGAAUAAUGUUAAACAAUUAAAUAGUAUUAACACUAGUCAUUUUGUAAAAUUAGGAAAAUCACAAGACAUUGUUAAACCAGAAAAGGCAGCUAGAACUGUAAUUUUAACUAAUAAGUAUAUACCCUCCCAAAUGCCUCUUGUUCCUGUAAUGCCCUUAAAAACCAGAUUGACUCAUACUGCAUCAGAACCUAUUCAUUCAUCUUUAACAUCAUCACUAGUUACUUCUCAAGCUCAUUGUUCACAAAAUGAUGGUAUAACAUUAUUUAACAAUCAACAGGUAUUUGGUGUACAUUCUAUAAAUGAUUCUUCUCAGGGAUCCAGAGCAGUGAAUCAGAACCAGAACCCAUCUGGUCUGCCUUUUGUACCACCGUUUGAACCUGUUAGUGUACAUUUAUCAAGAAAUUUUUCACCCCAAACAACUAUCAGUACAAAUGUUCACCACUUUUCUCAAUAUAAGGGCCAAGAAUCUGCAAUAGAUUACCAGAGACCUUUGUCAAGUAAACCUCUAACUAUUGUUCCUCCUGCCUUAGUUUCUAGCUACUCCACCACAAUGUCAACCAAUGUGGUACAUGUGCAGGCUAAUAAUACCCUGUCCACAACUCUCAAACCAGAGGAGAAGAUUGUCGCUGUAACACGCCAAACUGCUAAUGGCCCUACAACUCAAAUUCUGAGGGUUGUAUCAACAUCUGUACAGCCUGAAGAUACUCACAAAAUAAAUAGUACUAAUGAAGGGCAAUAUGUCCCAAGUGGAUCCUUUAAUAAAGGCGAUGAAGAACCAUGUAUUGAGACUGUGAUGUUGAAAAAAAUCAAAAUGGGUUCCAAAGGUGGAUUUUUUCUCAGACCAAAUUCAGCUAUGAAAAAUGCUAUAUCAGAAAUGAGAAAGAAUUUAGUGGUCAAGGAUAAAAGUGAAGAAGAAGAAGAAGAAGAUGAUGAAAAUGGUUUUACAUAUAUGGGAUUGCCUGAUAGUCAGCCAGGCAUGACUUCUCCAAAGGGAGAAAGGCUAAGAAAAGAUAAAAAGAGAAAGAGAAAAAAACAAUUCAGAGAAAGAACAACCAGGAAAUUUGUAAGAAAAAAGGUGCAGGAGAGUGUAGAGCGAAGCAGAAAUAACCAUGUUGUGCCAGAAAUGGUGAUGGUAUGUAUUGAUGGAAAACUUCACUUAUACCAGAGAGAGAUAUCUCGGACCUCAAGUGCAUGUGGAAUUAAGUAAUAUUACCGCUGUUAAAUUAUUAUACUUGUAUUACUGUGAAAUUCUAAAUAUUAUGUAUGAAUGUUCAAAAUGUGAUUGAAUUUGUUUGGAAAGUGGAUCAUAUAUUUCCUGUGUAUUUUGUAGUUAUUCAGCAUAUUAACUAUUUCAUACACAGACAAUGAUGUCAAAUAUAAUACUGUACCAUAAAUUAUUGAAUAAGAUACCAACAUUUAAAUGAGUUCCUAAUAGCAUUUCAGACAUUACCGAAGUAAUUAUAAAUUACAUACUGUACCCUGUAAUUUUUAGUUGCUUUAAAUUUAUUUAAAAAGUACUAUAUUGUAUUGUGUAAUUUGUGUUGAGUAGCAGUCCUUGCAUAGAGUAAAAGAAAUCCCAAGGCCAGUGAAAUGUGUAUGAUAAAACAUACUGUAUGUUAAAAGAAGUUCUCAGUUUUUUUGGGAAGAUGGUUUUAAAUUUCAUUAGGAAAGUCUAUGAAUCAAUACUGGCUAAUUAAACUGGAAAUUGCCUAGCUUCAUCAUAAGUAUUUAAUAGUGUGUACCAUGGCCAUUGGUUUAUGUAGAGUUUAGUUGAGGAUGUGACAUUUGGACAUAAUAAAACCAAAGGAAAACUUUAUCACUAAAAGAACACAAGUUUCUGGCUUAUGAGGCAAAGAAACAAAAUAUAGUAUAGUAGUGAUACUAGAACCUUCAGAUCAAGGAAGUUGGGCACUAAGCAGCUUGGAACUGGAGGAUUCAGUUAUAAGUAUUUAAAGAUGGAAAGUUUGUGGCAAAAAUAGUAAAAUGAAAUAUGAACAAAAUAUUGUAUCAGAUUGUGAAAUGUGAGCCAUUAAAAAUAAAGGUAAAACUAAAUAUGGUAUGGUCUGUAUAUUGAAUUGGUGUAGUACAUUAAUUAAAUACAAUACAGUACACAGUGUUUGAAAUUUGUACCAGUACGUACUUCAUAUACAAUCCUCUGCAAAAUAGGUCAGUCUUCAUAUUGUACUUUGCUAUUUUUUCCUGAUAUAGACUCAAAAAUAGGUUGGUGUUAAUGGUACACUUUGGUAAUACUGUAGUAGUUUUCCUGAUAAUGACUCAAUAUUUUUGGAUUCACCAUUGUGUAUGGUUGCAAGAAUUUGUCUCAAUGAUCAUAUGUAUAGUCCCCCCAAAAAGUAUCAUUAGCCAUGGGGCUGAUGCGAUUCGAGGCUUCCCUAGUAGUGUUACUCAACAUGUUUCUGAGCAGUUAGUACUUCUACAUCUAUGACCUUAGAGCUUGAAUGAGUUUAUACAUUUUAGAACGAUAUGAAUCCUCCGAGGCUUCAGAUCAUUUAUUACUUGACUUGGUGUGACUGUAGUAAAUGGAUACCAACGCCAUGCCAGUCAACAAUGGGAUCUUACAUCGUACACAGCGAGGAAUUAUCGAGGAGAUAUUGCCAGAAAAGAGAGGUGCUAUCAUUGCCCUUCACAACGAGGUUAUACAUAUUGCUGAAAUGACACAGCGCACUGGAGUGAGCAAACCCAUAGUAUCAUGAUGGAUUAGGCGCUAUGAAACAACUGGUGCCAUACUGAAACUGACAUCCACAAAUGUCUUACAAUAGGUGAAUGGGGGGGGGGUUUGUUGCAUGCAAGUUCCUUGAUUUGAAACCUUAUUUCUUUUGGUGUUAAACCAGUGCAAUUAACAUAGCAGAUCCGUGUAGACCGAUACAUUGUAUAUUGCUGUAGCUAUUCACUCAUAAUAUCAAGCACUAUUUCCUAAGUCACUUCAUAAAUCAAAUAUAUCAUGAACAACAUGAGUAGGCAUAUUUUGAAACUCGGUAUGAAUGAAACCCGUUAGUAUGACGACCUAAUGAUGAAAUGUCCGUUUUCAGGCCUGUCUCAAGUCUUGGUUAUAAUGUUUUGAAACACUUUCAUUUAAUGUAUAUUUCAGCGUUAUUGUAAUCAUGUCAGUGGCUUGUUUAGAUAUGCCAUGCUUCGACCCAGCACGAGACAUACUGAAGUGAUCUAGUAUGCCAUACAAGGAUGACCCCCUCCCCCAAUCCUACCUCAUCUUUAACUGUUGCUGAUAUGGCCAGCAGGUGUACCAACUUAUGAUGAUGCACUGGGGGUCACAUCAAAGAAUUUUGUUGAGUGUUUCAAAUUAUAGCAACUGGAAAUCUUGCGAUACUUUUUGGGGGACUGUACAAGAUUGUAUUGUUUCCCCUUAAAAUUUCCAGCAUUUGUGUUAUAGGACAAGUUUUACAACAUGAUUUUAUUUGAUUUUUUUAUUUUUUUUUAUGAUGAGAAUAAUAAUACAGUACAGUAUGUUGGAUUCAUGUUUAAAUGUUAGUACAGUCUGAGGUCUUUCUUCUCCCAGUGUUUUGGUUAUGCUGAAGAUAAGUUUUCCAUUGUACACUAUACCCUCGUUAGUUUGACAAAAAGGGGGGGCUCUGGGUCACACGAAUUAACCGAGUUUGGAAUAUUAUCUAUUUAUUAUUAUUGUGCAAAACAUAAAUAUUUUAUAAAUGUACAUACAGUAAUGAUAAAAUAUAUAACACUGUACAGUAAUAACUAAAUGUAACACUGCAAGGCGAGGGGUGAGGUGACAUGACAAGGCACUUGUAUAGCAUACACAGUAACAGCACUACUAAGCCAUUAUGACAUUUUAAUUUCUGAUUUUUAUUUUAAAUUUAAUUAAUACAUGAUGGCUUGAUUUGACUACUUUUACACUUAGACAACUAAUCAGUGAAUAAACCAGGGCAUAUGGAGAUGCAUAAAUGCUUCAAUAAUAUUUGUUAACUUCUGAAAUAUGCUACAAUAUUAUUUACUAAGUGCUCAAGACUGAUCCUGUGGUAAGCACCAUUCCUCUUGAGCAGUGACAACAAUGGUGCUUGAGAGAUGGUGAGUGCUGGCAACAAUGUUAUGGAGAGCAGGUCAGUGGGACAGAUCAGCGUUGGAGGUGAGUUGUCCUUUCUCCUCUCCUCUGCCACCUUGUCUCCCGGGCAACACAAUAAAUGUAGUUUUGUACAUUAUCUUUGUAUAAUUCAUGUUCUAUUCCUAUACAGUACAGUAAUUCAGUCAUCUUAAUUUAUUUUGUAAUAUAUUCCUAUAAUCGAUUUUUUAGAACCACUUAGUUAUUUCAGAUUCAUUCUGAACUCAAAUUGUUUAAUUCAUUAAAAAAGAAAUAACAUACGAAUUAAGCCGAAAUCCGAACUACCUGUAUAACGAUCCAUAUUAAUGAAGGUACAGUGUAAUUUGAUUUAUGAGUUUCUAUACCUCUAAAGCUUUUUAAAAAAAAAUUAAUUUCUUAAGAUUAAGUGAUUCAGAUUUUGAGAGUACAGGGUAAAUCAAUCCAUGGCAAGUAGAUAACAUAAAGCUACCAUACUGAAAAUUUUUAUUAAAUUUUAAACAGUUUAGUCUGCCACACAAAUACAGUACAGUAUAUGAUAAUAUUGACAUGACUAACCCUUUUCAAGAGCUGUUGCUGUUUUGAAAAGUUUGAUACCUUAUCAAAUGGGCUCAGUCUGAAUAGCUCCAGCCUUAUAUUGUACUACGGUACACUGUUCUGUAUAACCUUUAUGAUUGGGGCUCGGGGAUAUGAACACUGAUCAUGUUGGCUGGUCUAGUUAGGCUGCAGCCUCUUUGGACUACUUUAGUGCCUACAGUAUUUGAUUCACAACCAAAAAUUUUCCUCCUGUUUUAAGGAUCUGUCUACUGUACAGUAUUAAAUCAUCAUCAAAAGGUAGUUUUAAAUGCAGAAAGUACCGUAUUGUUAAUACAGAUGAGUUUGUUUUAUUUAUUAUCGAGCAAAGCACAAUAUGAAAGUGUAGUGUUGAAGAAUAAUAAUAUGCCAGUAUUUAAUUGACACAAAUUAGUCAAUUGAUGUUGUUACCCCUCAAGUUAGUACUGUAGUUGUUAAUAAUAUUGAACACGAUGCUUGAAUUUGCAUUUAAAAUUAACUGUAAAGGGUAUUUUCUUGUUUUUACAUCAUGAAAGGAAUGACUUUGUGUUCUCCUCAGACACAAUCAUUCUUAUUUCUUACCAGAAGGUCGAGAAAGUUUACCCCACAUCUGACUUGAAAUAACAGAAUAUUUGAAUAUUUUCUUUAACCAAUUUUGUAAAUAUUGUACUAUAAAUAAAUCUUUAUUAUAUAA